UUUUCAACAAAGUUAUGACCGUUUUUUGUGGUGGACAUUGACGGUUUUCCAGGCUUUUGUCUAAAGGAUGGUGCUGAACUGAACAUCGCUUCACCAUGACAAGUUACAGGUCAAGUUUGAGUGUCAGGUUAUUUCCUCCAUUUAUUAUGGCUUUCGCAAUAUACAGACUGACUGUUUAUCUAAUAACCCAAUUAUGUCAAAUCUGGUGAACUUUGCUGUGGUGGUAUGCGUAUACAUGUACAUAGAAGGUACCAAGGCGAAGGGGUUGGGGGAUAGGGGCCAGUGGCGCGGUGAGUGGGUGCCUACACCGAGUCUGUAUAGGCAGGUCCACCCUAGCGUUACAGAUAUUUACGCUGACACGUACGUGUCAUCACGUAUUAGCGUCACGCCCGAUGCUAGAUAUAUAUGUGAUCGCAUGCCUGCAGCUGAUACGCAACGGCAGAAAAAUGGGUUUAAGCGCCGCGGAAUGUGUUCCCUGAGGAUUACCGAAUGUGAUGCCCAAUCAGUCCUGACGCCAUCUAUCCAUCACUGAUCUCCAUUCCUGGUCCAUAUUUCCCUCUGCCACUGGAUACAGCAACAUGCAGCAAUACACAGUGUUUCGGGCUGUGUUGCACCUGAUUGUAGUCAUAGACGUGAUUCACGCAUGUACACCAAUUAGGGAGACCUUUCCCAAUCAUCUUCAAAUCAGAUCGCCGAUCUUUGGAUCACAGAGGACGUAUCCGCCGAACUCAAACUGUCAAUGGGAUAUCCGCGUCCCACAUGGACAGAGAGCAAAGCUGUCGUUUAUGAUGUUUGACCUGGAAUACUUACCCGGAUGUAAAUGGGAUGGCGUGGAGAUAUUCCAUGGAACAUGCUCUCAGACCGGCCAAUCACUUCUCCGCCACUGUGGAGUUAUCUCCCCUCGCCCUGUAACAAUAGACAGCGCUGUGUGCUUGAGGUUUUGGUCAGAUGAUGUUGGCAAUAAACAUGGGUUUCUACUCAGCAUAUUUAUUUUGAAAGGAGAAAACACACCUGUGAUGGAACUAAAAUCUACACCAAGUCAACAUUCUCAACUUCCAACAUACCUGAAAACAACUGGACACUUAUUCCGAGCGACUACAGUGCCCCCUCCCGGAGAGAUGGAGAUCCACGGGAGAAAACUCCAGAUGAUGCCUAUUACCACAAAACAAAUUUUAAAGGAAGACCUUUUCCUCACUUCUGCAAUCAGUUCACAGGGAACGCUUAGCUACGAGGACACAUCUACGACUUAUAAUACAUAUCAGGUAACAACGAAAGCAACCACAGUACCAACUUCCAUGAAUACACUCCAGCUAACUUCAGCUUCACAAGUUAAGGCCCCUGGGAACUCGGAUGUUGCCGGAUGCUCACCAGACGGCGUCGUCGUAUCUGACAAAAAAGGUGUGAUCCAAUCACCAAACUUCGGUGUCGGGAAUUACCCUUUAGAAACCAAAUGUGUGUGGAAGAUCAGGGCUUCCGCAGGAGAGCGAAUACAUAUUUCCUACACAAACUUCCAACUUGAAUGGGAAAGAAACUGCCGAUGGGACAGCUUAACGGCACACGCUGGAGAAAACACAAACAGAAGCAGCCUUCUGGGUCGGUUUUGUGGAUCAGACCUUCCGUCUAAUAUAACGUCCAGCGGAAAUGUGAUUACACUGGUGUUCGUGUCAGACAGAGUUGUCUCCCGUCGGGGUUUUCGCCUGGAGUAUGACAUAUUACGGGCAAAACAGUCAGCGCCAGCGUGUGGGUUUCUGGGAAGCAAACGUCCUGAGGUCAACUACUACAUCUUCGGCGGAACGCUUGCGCGGGCCGGUGAAGUUCCCUGGCAGGUGUCAGUACGUCGUGACGGUCAGCACAUCUGCGGUGGCACCGUCCUCAGUGUGGACUGGAUCAUGACGGCGGCCCACUGUGUGGAUAUGAUCCAGCUUUCACCAUUUAGAAUUACCGUCCUUGUCGGAUCUUCGUUCAUUUCCGGAGGGUCAAAGUUCUCACAGAUCCUCCAGGCGUCCGAGCUGCUCAUCCACCCUACCUACCGCUACGCAAAAUCUGGUGACGUGGCACUCAUUCGACUCCUGAAGCCGAUAAUCUUCAGCGACUUUGUCUUGCCAAUUUGUCUACCUGUUCAGAGCAAUGCGACAUCCUGGAAAAACUGCUAUAUCGCUGGAUGGGGAGCAACGGAAAGAACAAGUGAUGGGGAGUAUAAGAUGCCCUCUGCCGAACUCCUCAAAGCGGAUGUAAAGGUAUGGCCUAGAGGGGACUGUGAUGCCGCUUACCCUGGCCGGAUUUCUCCGCAUAUGUUUUGUGCAGGACACAGACACGGGAAAAUGGACUCUUGUAAGGGUGAUAGCGGAGGGGCUUUGAUCUGUCGCGGCGAGUCCGACACGUGGCAGGCGGAGGGCGUCAUCAGCUGGGGAGGGCAAUGUGGGCAGCCAGGACAACCAGGCGUCUACACCAAGCUACGUCACUACGUCACGUGGAUUCGUGACGUCAUCACACCCUCUUUGCCCAAGAUUGACUGCUCAUUCGAUGAUUCCAUGUGUGGUUACCAAGACGUCUCACGCGGGGCGUUGUCAUGGAGACGACGUAACGCCAAAUUUCCAAUUUCAGGAUUCACCUCGAUUAGUUCAUUAAAGGGUUACUAUCUUCAUGUUGACGGUCCUACAAUUCAAGGCGACCAUUCAGCCGAGUUGCUCUUCCCAGAGAUUGUGUCUUCCUCUGUGAAGUGUUUAAGGUUUUCAUUCGCCAUUUCCCAGAUACGUGUAACCGAGCUCACGCUGAUAUCAGUGAGACAAGGCGACAGAUCCAAACUCUGGUCGCUCAUUGGUCGGUAUCAGCAUGACUGGAAGAAUACUACAGUAACCAUCCAAUCAGAUGUCCGACAUCUACGCUUCGUUUUCAUCACGGAUAAAUUCUCACGUGAUCUUGUCGCUGUGGACAAUAUUGCGAUUUCGGAAGGGUCUUGUCCAGCCUCGUUACUGCGAUGUGACUUCACUUCCGGUGAUACCUGUGGGUAUGCUCAGGUAAAAAACAGCAACUUUGAUUGGAAGACGCUUAGGAAUGUCACAGCCAAUGGAAAAAACGAUGGCUAUAAAUUUGUCGCCGACGGCCAUCUUCAUGCCAGUAAUUCCUUCACCAAACUUCAAUCUCCACUAUUUCACUCAGAAAUACCCAAUUGCUGGACAAUCAAGUUCAUAGGUUGGGACGUGGAAGGAACACUAAAGAUUACAACAACAACACAGCAUGGAGGCCGAACCUUUCAUGGAGAUACUUUGAAAUCUGUCCUUGUGAAUGACACAAUGACAGCGUCAACAUGGCGGACGAUCGGCGUGGAUCUUCCACCCAGUUCGUAUCCCAGAAAUUUCAUUGUGGAAUAUCAAAAGGGCACUGGUCAUGGGACUCUUGUGAUCGAUAAUUUUGACGCAUACGAAGGGAACUGCAUCAGUUGACGAGGGAGGAUUGUCGCUGUGAAGAACAGUGACGUACCGGUACUGUAAAUAUUGUGUACAUACUACAGCACUCAGCGGGAAUUUUUGGGAAUUUGUAAAGGAAGAGUAGAGUGUUGUUAAGUCAUUUCACAAUGCAUAUCUGAGAAGGGGUCGUCAACCAACAAAGGCAUCAACCUUGUCUUUACAACAACCGGAAUUUAGAGAUGCAGGCGCGUCCAUAGUCUGGUAGUAUCACUCUGGCACUAACUGAAGUGGGUCAGGUACUACCAGACCAAUGGUGAGUGGACGCCACCAGUGCUCUCAUUGGUGGCCAUAAGCGAUGGGCAGCCCUAGCACGUGUUGGGACAUUCAUGUGGCCUUACAUGGAGUUCAUUAGCAAUCACUUUAUACCUUCCACCAAUAUGGUAUACUAAAUGAUUUCACUCUGCAGGUGAAAAUAUGUGUGUAACAUAUAAGUUCGUCAGUUACUUGCCAAAGACCAGUGGUUUACUCAGGGAUUCAUCGACUUGUGAAACUGACCGCGGCCGUAUCAGUGAAAAUAUUUCUGAUUACGGCGUUAAACAUCAAUCAAUCUCAUACACUACAUUGUCGCUGCCAAUGUGUUUACGAGAACGAAUAAAUCUGUCUUA